AUGGGGACCCUGCAAUGGGCUUUGGCUCUGCUCAUACUCAUAUGUGGGGUGAUAGCAGAUCCUAAGGGUGGCACAGCCUGCAACACAUCACCCGACAGCAGCACAGCCUGCGUUUCCUUAAGCAGAGAAAACACAACACCCGAGAGAAGCACAACCUGUGUUUGCUCAAAUACAGAAAACACAACACCCGACAGCAGCACAGCCAGCAUUUCCUCAAACACAGAAAACACAACACCCAAGAUCAGCACAACCUGCGUUUGCUCAAACACAGAAAAUACAACACCCGAAGGCAGCACAGUCAGCGUUUCCUCAAACACAGAAUAUACAACAUCCGAGGGCAGCACAACCUGCGUUUGCUCAAACACAGAAAAUACAACACCCGAGGGCAGCACAGCCAGCGUUUCCUCAAACACAGAAAACACAACACCCAAGGUCAGCACAACCUGCGUUUGCUCAAACACAGAAAAUACAACACCCGAAGGCAGCACAGCCAGCGUUUCCUCAAACACAGAAAAUACAACACCCGAGGGAAGCACAGUCAGCGUUUCCUCAAGCAAAGAAAACACAACACCCGAGGGAAGCACAGUCAGCGUUUCCUCAAACACAGAAAAUACAGCACCCGAGGGAAGCACAGCCAGCGUUUCCUCAAACACAGAAAACACAACACCCGAGGGAAGCACAGUCAGCGUUUCCUCAAGCACAGAAAACACAACACCCGAGGGCAGCACAACCUGCAUUUGCUCAAACACAGAAAACACAACACCCGAGAGCAGCACAGUCAGCGUUUCCUCAAACACAGAAAACACAACACCCGAGGGCAGCACAGUCAGCGUUUCCUCAAGCACAGAAAACACAACACCCGAGGGAAGCACAACCUGUGUUUGCUCAAACACAGAAAACAAAAAACCCGAGGGCAGCACAGCCAGCGUUUCCUCAAGCACAGAAAACAAAACACCCGAGGGCAGCACAACCUGUGUUUGCUCAAACACAGAAAACACAACACCUGAGGGCAGCACAGCCAGCGUUUCCUCAAACACAGAAAAAACAACACCCGAGGUCAGCACAACCUGCGUUUGCUCAAACACAGAAAAUACAACACCCGAGGGCACCACAGCCAGUGUUUCCUCAAACACAGAAAACACAACACCCGAGGUCAGCACAACCUGCGUUUGCUCAAACACAGAAAAUACAACACCCGAGGGCACCACAGCCAGUGUUUCCUCAAACACAGAAAGCACACCAUCCGAGGUCAGCUCAACCUGCGUUUGCUCAAACACAGAAAAUACUACACCCGAGGGCAGCACAGCCAGUGUUUCCUCAAACACAGAAAACACAACACCCGAGGUCAGCACAACCUGCGUUUGCUCAAACACAGAAAAUACAACACCCGAUGGCACCACAGCCAGUGUUUCCUCAAACACAGAAAGCACAACACCCGAGGUCAGCACAACCUGCGUUUGCUCAAACACAGAAAAUACAACACCCGAAGGCAGCACAGCCAGCGUUUCCUCAAACACAGAAAAUACAACACCCGAGGUCAGCACAACCUGCGUUUGCUCAAACACAGAAAAUACAACACCCGAAGGUAGCACAGCCAGCGUUUCCUCAAACACAGAAAAUACAACACCCGAGGUCAGCACAACCUGCGUUUGCUCAAACACAGAAAAUACAACACCCGAGGGCAGCACAGCCAGCUUUUCUUCAAGCACAGAAAACACAACACCCGAGGGCAGCACAACCUGUGUUUGCUCAAACACAGAAAACACAACACCUGAGAGCAGCACAGCCAGCGUUUCCUCUAACACAGAAAAUACAACACCUGAGGUCAGCACAACCUGCGUUUGCUCAAACACAGAAAAUACAACACCCGAGGGCACCACACCCAACGUUUCCUCUAACACAGAAAAUACAACACCUGAGGUCAGCACAACCUGCGUUUGCUCAAACACAGAAAAUACAACACCCAAGGGCAGCACAGCCAGCGUUUCCUCAAACACAGAAUAUACAACACCCGAGGUCAGCACAACCGGCAUUUGCUCAAACACAGAAAAUACAACACCCGAGGGCAGCAUAGACAGUGUUUCCUCAAACACAGAAAACACAACACCCGAGGUCAGCACAACCUGCGUUUGCUCAAACACAGAAAAUACAACACCCGAGGGCAGCACAACCUGCGUUUGCUCAAACACAGAAAAUACAACACCCGAGGGCAGCACAGCCAGCGUUUCCUCAAACACAGAAAACACAACACCCGAGAUCAGCACAACCUGUGUUUGCUCAAACACAGAAAACACAACACCCGAAGGUAGCACAGCCAGCGUUUCCUCAAACACAGAAAAUACAACACCCGAGGUCAGCACAACCUGCGUUUGCUCAAACACAGAAAAUACAACACCCGAGGGCAGCACAGCCAGCGUUUCCUCAAACACAGAAAAUACAACACCCGAGGUCAGCACAACCUGCGUUUGCUCAAACACAGAAAAUACAACACCCGAGGGCAGCACAGCCAGCUUUUCUUCAAGCACAGAAAACACAACACCCGAGGGCAGCACAACCUGUGUUUGCUCAAACACAGAAAACACAACACCUGAGAGCAGCACAGCCAGCGUUUCCUCUAACACAGAAAAUACAACACCUGAGGUCAGCACAACCUGCGUUUGCUCAAACACAGAAAAUACAACACCCGAGGGCACCACACCCAACGUUUCCUCUAACACAGAAAAUACAACACCUGAGGUCAGCACAACCUGCGUUUGCUCAAACACAGAAAAUACAACACCCAAGGGCAGCACAGCCAGCGUUUCCUCAAACACAGAAUAUACAACACCCGAGGUCAGCACAACCUGUGUUUGCUCAAACACAGAAAAUACAACACCCAAGGGCAGCACACCCAGCGUUUCCUCAAACACAGAAAACACAACACCCAAGGUCAGCACAACCUGCGUUUGCUCAAACACAGAAAAUACAACACCCGAAGGCAGCACAGCCAGCGUUUCCUCAAACACAGAAUAUACAACACCCGAGGUCAGCACAACCUGUGUUUGCUCAAACACAGAAAACACAACGCCUGAGGGCAGCACAGCCAGCGUUUCUUCAAGCACAGAAAACACAACACCCGAGGGCAGCACAACCUGUGUUUGCUCAAACACAGAAAACACAACACCCGAGAGCAGCACAGCCAGCGUUUCCUCUAACACAGAAAAUACAACACCUGAGGUCAGCACAACCUGCGUUUGCUUAAACACAGAAAAUACAACACCCGAGGGCACCACACCCAGCGUUUCCUCAAACACAGAAAACACAACACCCGAGGUCAGCACAACCUGCGUUUGCUCAAACACAGAAAAUAUAACACCCGAAGGCAGCACAGCCAGCGUUUCCUCAAACACAGAAUACUCAACACCUGAAGGCAGCACAGCCAGCGUUUCCUCAAACACAGAAAAUACAGCACCCGAGGGCAGAACAACCUGUGUUUGCUCGAACACAGAAAACACAACACCCGAGGGCAGCACAGCUAGCGUUUCCUCAAACACAGAAAACACAACACCGAAGGUCAGCACAACCUGCAUUUGCUCAAACACAGAAAAUACAACACCCGAAGGCAGCACAGCCAGCGUUUCCUCAAACACAGAAUACUCAACACCUGAAGGCAGCACAACCGGCAUUUCCUCAAACACAGAAAACACAACACCCAAGGGCAGCACAACCUGUGUUUGCUUGAACACAGAAAAUACAACACCCGAAGGCAGCACAGCCAGCGUUUCCUCAAAGACAGAAAACACAACACCCGAGGUCAGCACAACCUGCAUUUGCUCAAACACAGAAAAUACAACACCUGAAGGCAGCACAACCGGCGCUUCCCCAAACACAGAAAAGACAACACCCGAGGGCAGCACAGCCAGCGUUUCCUCAAAUACAGAAAAAACAACACCAGACGGCAGCACAGCCAGCGUUUCCUCAAACACAGAAAAAACAACACCAGAGGGCAGCACAGCCAGCGUUUCCUCAAACACAGAAAAAACAACACCAGACGGCAGCACAGCCAGCGUCUCCUCAAACACAGAAAAAACAACACCAGAGGGCAGCACAGCCAGCGUUUCCUCAAACACAGAAAAAACAACACCAGAGGGCAGCACAGCCAGCGUUUCCUCAAACACAGAAAAAACAACACCAGAGGGCAGCACAGCCAGCGUUUCCUCAAACACAGAAAAAACAACACCAGACGGCAGCACAGCCAGCGUCUCCUCAAACACAGAAAAAACAACACCAGAGGGCAGCACUGCCAGCGUUUCCUCAAACACAGAAAAAACAACACCAGAGGGCAGCACAGCCAGCGUUUCCUCAAACACAGAAAAAACAACACCCAAAGGCAGCACAGCCAGCGUUUCCUCAAACACAGAAAAAACAACAACACCAGAGGGCAGCACUGCCAGCGUUUCCUCAAACACAGAAAAUACAACACCAGAGGGCAGCACUGCCAGCGUUUCCUCAAACACAGAAAAAACAACACCAGAGGGCAGCACUGCCAGCGUUUCCUCAAACACAGAAAAAACAACACCCAAAGGCAGCAAUGCCAGCGUUUCCUCAAACACAGAAAAAACAACACCCAAAGGCAGCACAGCCAGCGUUUCCUCGAACACAGAAAAAACAACACCAGAGGGCAGCACUGCCAGCGUUUCCUCAAACACAGAAAAAACAACAACCAAGGGCAGCACAGCCAGCAUUUCCUCAAACACAGAAAAAACAACACCCAAAGGCAGCACUGCCAGCGUUUCCUCGAACACAGAAAAAACAACAACCGAGGGCAGCACAGCCAGCGUUUCCUCAAACACAGAAAAAACAACACCCAAAGGCAGCACUGCCAGCGUUUCCUCGAACACAGAAAAAACAACAACCAAAGGCAGCACAGCCAGCGUUUCCUCGAACACAGAAAAAACAACACCCAAAGGCAGCACAGCCAGCGUUUCCUCGAACACAGAAAAAACAACAUCCGAGGGCAGCACAGCCAGCGUUUCCUCAAACUCUGAAAAAACAACACCAGAGGGCAGCACAGCCAGCGUUUCCUCGAACACUGAAAAAACAACACCCAAAGGCAGCACAGCCAGCGUUUCCUCGAACACUGAAAAAACAACACCCGAGGGCAGCACAGCCAGCGUUUCCUCAAACACAGAAAAAACAACACCCAAAGGCAGCACAGCCAGCGUUUCCUCAAGCACAGAACCUGCAAAAACUACUGUAGAAAAUAAAGGACCCUGUGAAUACGGAUAUGAGAGCGACUCAAAGUGCGUGUGUAAUAUCAACUUCUAUGGCAUCCGGUGUGAGAUGAUUGCAAUGGAAAUAAGAAUACGUAUGUUUGGGUUCCUGCGUGUUCAAAUGUUGGGAUUUAAUCAGGCAUAACCCCAUCUAUAGGCAACACCAUUAUUCAGACAUUUUUAGACACUUUAAUAUGGUUUUUCGACCAUAAAUCCUAACUAUAAAUAAAACAGUUGGAGAGAAGGAUGAGAAAGAAGAGGGAAGAGAAUGAAGACACACUUUAGUGGUUUAUACAUUUUUGCAAUGUUAUAUAUAGUCCCAGAGCUCAUUCUUGGCACCACAACAGAUGUUAUACUAAAUGGGUUACAGAAGGAGAGCAGCACCACCAUUUCUCAUCUGUGCUGCAGAUACAACACUGGGCCAGGUUCAGUUCAACGAGAAAACGUUAUCUCACGGUUUAUCAUGUUAAAACUCAUGGACGAGAUUCAAUUCGAGGA